CAGCAGAGCGUCCCGAUGCUGGAGAACUGAAGAGCAUGCUGUUGGGUAGGAAGACCUUCCCGAUGGUUUUUGGCGAAUGUUUAGGGGGGAACUUGUGCGCAUGAUCUCUGGCCAUUUGUUGGAUGUUGAGUGUCAAAGGUGAGGUGCUGUAUGGCGGGAAGAUAACCGAACUGGUGGGAAGUAUAUCUCGCCAGCUACGAGGAGUCAGUCUCGCGACCGAAGCCCAAACAUUGGGGCUGGAAAAAUCGCACUAUCCGUUGGUAUUGUUGCCUGUUUCCCCCAAAACAAAAAAAAAAAUUCACAAGUCCGUCCAAACAUCAUUUCAGUGAGUGACAGAACACACGGAAAUAGGCACAAUUUCCCUCGGUUCUUGGGAAAAAUCCUCGUGAUUGCUUUCCCACUAAAAACGGGAAAAAAAGACUAGCAACGUCAAUAGCACUGCAGGAAAAUCAUCUGCAAUUGUCAGAAGGUUCGAAGGACACACGAGAGAAGUGAAAUGCGGAUUUUAAAUACAUCGAUAUAGAAAAGGCAUUGUAGUGAAUAGAGCUUUUUUUGAGUUUUUUGGUGUGCCGAUAAUAUUAUGAAAAUCCGUGAUGAUGUAAAUAAUUUAUAUUGUAAAUCGAUAGAAAUGUACGUGUAUUAAACUGGUGAAAUUGGAUGAGAAAUGUCCUUUGUAGCACGAGAAUCAUGAAAUUAAAAUGUUCACUUGUGUGACCCUCAUCGAUCGUCCCUGUUUUUCUUUCUGGAAUUAAUUUUAAAGUCCGUGGGUAGGAAAAUAAACACAUGGUAAAAUAUACGUUAUAGCAGUACAAUCAUUUAUCCAUAGAUUGUAUAUAUAGGACCAGGCUGUCACGGCCUUUUCUGCACGCCUCAUCACUUUCAACCGUGGGGCUAAAAAUUGUGUUUUUAAAUUGCAAUUUAAUAAUAAAAUGACGUGUCACCCGAUGUAAAUAAUGUGACAAAACAGGAAAAGUGAAAAGGGAGCAAAAGGAAGAGAAAAAAAAGACACAGGAGCGGCAAUCAUCGAGCAAUUAUUGAGGUCAGGGAGUCCAAGAGAAAGCAUCAUUCCAUUAAUUUUUUUUGCACAAUAAUCUGCAAGAUCUCACCGCUGAACAAUUCAACCAAACUUCCAACCACAAUCCUGGAAGAUUUCUGCUCUGAUGAGUGACGCAGAUUUGCUCAGUUUUUCCUCAGUCACAUCUUCCGUUCUUCCUUUUCGGGUGCACAUUUUGCAUUGCAUAGAAUAUUGACGGGACAACCGAGCUGUAAAUGGUAUGAAUUUGAAAAAAGUUUCUCUGGAGUAAAUAAGAGAGAGAAAGCUCUACGGGCGACACAAGUUAACAAAAGAUCGACCGGAAGUACAUGGGGUCGAGGGUGAAUGGGAUAGGUCGACAAAAUGGCAACCGUGCUGACCAGAAGUGCUGAAAAACCAAUGCCAACAAUUGAGUGGGGAAAUAAAAUGCGAACCCUGGGGAUUAUGGGAUUGGUCAUUCUCAUCAACACGUACCAGGCAUCUGUGGCAGCAAAUGUUGCCGAUGGUGCCACAACAAUAGUAACUCCGGGCCAGACCCCAAUUGUUCGUCUACCCUCCAACACCCUUCUCAAGUACACAGCGUACAAGGAUGUCUCCAUCCUCCACUUUAGAGUGCCACAGGAUACACGCACGGCGAUGUUUAGUUUUAAGGCGUACGAGGAAUCCAAAAGUGCCUUCCAUAGAGUGUGUCCUGAGCGAGAUGUAACGCUGCAUCUGAAGGCUGGAAGUUAUCCUGUUAUUAGUCCGGAGAAUAUAACAUUUCCUCGACACUUCCUGAGUGCUGACCAAAGGUUCGAAAUAUACGAUUUGCAAUUCAAAUCCGACAGCACCACCAAGCGCCUCAAUGUUGAUGGUCCACAGCCGGGAAAUUGGUUUGCAGUGGCAUUUAUCAGUUGGACAGACCCAAAUAAUGAUCGUAUUGAGCAGCAAGGACUUUCACCAACAUGUGAGACCCAACUGCUGUCGGAAAUGUCGGUGAUCGAGGCUAAUCCUCAGACAUUGAGCGAAAAUGUACUUCAGCAGGAUUCUCUGCUUACCAACUCAAGUACGCCUUUGACAUACAGAUUCUUCGUACCGCGAGAUGUUGUGUCCGUCAGCCUCCAAAUUACCAUCACUAAACCCUGUCUUGAGUGCUCGGAAAUGUGCCUGGGCAUUAAUGCACAAGCCCUUCCCAGUUCGCAUAGCUUCCUCCACAGUGACACUGUCGCAGUCAAUGAGACAACAGCUCAGUUAAUUCAGUUUCAUGCGGAGGAGAAUGAAUGGCACUACGUGGAUGUUAGUUUUUCAGACAGUGCAAAUUCAUCUGAAGACAACUUGGAAGGGCCGGUUUAUGAUGUAGAAUUCACCAUAAUGCUGAUAUUUCAUUCCACGGAAGCUCCACUUCCGCCCGACAACAAAGCUCUCACCUUCGAUACCUACCCUCUUCUCCGGCAGACUUACAGGGAGUUUUUCAUGUUUGACUAUGAUCUCCUGCCCGACAUUAAUGGUACAGUUCCUGCCAGUCUGAAUCUGACAGCAGGUACCCCAGCUUUGUUUAAGUUCAUCGUUGGCGAUGUCUAUGACAUUGGAGGAACUCUAAGUUUUGCCAUAUCCAUGAAGCAGGACAUUCGGGGAAAUUCAGUGGAUCAGAAUGCAGCAAUUUCUGCCACAGAGAGAGCACCUGUAUUCGCCCAGAAACUCGUGGAUACCUCAGCUGAAGACGAUGCCAAGGCAACCAACACGGCACGAAGCAAUCAAACUAUCAUCGUUUGUAUGCAUUUGGGCGUUCCAGGAGUUCCCACCUGGCCUGAUCGAUGCGUCUACGGACGUCAUGUCUUCCCUGCUGCUAUCAUAGUUAACAACACGGAUUCAGACACUAGCACAGGACUAGUUCACGUACCUUUCCCUGAAUCGGGAAGCUGGUUCGUUACUCUAGGACUCUUCUGCCAUGGCGCCGAAACAGCUGCACGCACAACUAUCAUAGACAGCGUUAAGGAGUUCGUGAUGAUACACAGGGACCUGCUAGGACAGAUGCAAGCACCAUGUGCUUGCGCCCAGAAGAAGGACUUCUACAUGAAUUGCUUAGUGGAUGACAACUGUCGAUCAGAUCUCAAUGAAACGGAAACGCUCAAAGUAAAGGAAUGUCUGAUGGAUUCAAAGUGCACACCGAAGUAUCAGGAUAUGUCGAGACAGUUUGAGCAGCAUCAUAAGUUCGCCACAGAACAGAUUGUGAUCGACAAUGCUUCCUGCAACGCCAGCGUCGUGUUUACGAUCUCCUCGAGUCCUUGCGUCGCAGGACGUUGUGGUCGCUACGGACGCUGCUAUCACUACAUGUCAGGAGGCUUCGUCUUCUCAACGUGCCUCUGCAUCAAGGGCUACCGCGGCUGGGACUGCACUGAAGACAGCCAAGUGCCAUCGUCUAUGUCCAUCCUGCUGGCUUCGCUUCUGCUAACGCUGAGCAAUCUCCUAUUUAUCCCUAGCAUCUACUUCGCCAUUCGCAGGAAGUACUACACAGAAGCUGUUAUCUACUUCUUCGCCAUGUUCUUCUCCACUUUCUACCAUGCCUGCGAUUCCGGAGAGGAUGAAUACAGUUUCUGCCUGGUUAAGAUCGGGGUCCUGCAGUUCUGUGACUUCUACUGCGGAUUGUUAGCUAUCUGGGUCACCCUGAUUGCCAUGGCUCAUGUCAGGCAGACUUUUGUGUCGCUACUUCAUAUGCUUGGUGCCAUCCUUCUGGCCUUUGGUACUGAACUCAACAAGCAGUCACUGUGGGUGUUCCUGGCACCAGCUCUCACGGGUAUCUGCCUCAUUAGUGCCAGUUGGGGAUUGCGGUGUCGGAAGACGCGAAAGUGGUUCCCGGCACGCAAUUAUCUCAUGCUGUAUAUGCCUAUUGGGUCAGUUCUGGUGAUGGUUGGUCUGGUUUGCUAUGCUUUCCUGCAAACUAGGCAGAACUAUCACAUUGUCCAUUCGGUCUGGCACAUGGUGAUGGCCCUGAGUAUCCUCUGUCUCCUGCCCAAUCGGAAGACAUUCCUGCCGAAAUGCUAGCAUCCGGCCCCCGCCCUCCUCACGCCCCAUCAACAACUCAUCGAGUCGGACUUCUACAUCUGAGCGUUUGUGGCUUGAGGGGGACUCCUUUAUGUGGUAUCCCUACAGAGUAUAUUUUGUCGGAUAAACUAUCUUUGCGAUUGCUGUAUAACUAGUUUGUAAUAAAAAAAAAAACUCUAAAAGUCAAUGUAAGAGCACUCAAAUUCAGAGGUGAUCGUAUUUUUCAUGCGCAACUCUACCCAAAUGUUAAUUCGACUCCAGUAACAAAAACGGUUUGGGAUAAUUCAAAUUUUCAAAUACAAACUGUUGAAUUAUCCUUUAGCAUCAACUGUAAGAUGUAUUUCUUCACUAUACUUACACUUUUUAAAGUUAUUUCAAAUGAGUUUUGUGGUAAUGUUGCGCAUGAAUUGUUCUCACUGCACCAAACACAAAAAAAAGAUGUUACUACUUUUGCGAUUAAUGUAGAAUAUUUAAAUGUAGACUAAUGAGGAAUGAAACAAAGAAAAAACUAAAGACACAAAAUUUCACAAAGCCUUAAAACUAGUCUCGACUGAUAAAUUAUUAUUAUCACACGGAAUGUCGAUGAAUAAAGAAAAAAAAAGAUGAAAAAAUACCAAAAAUGAUUUAUUCUCUAACUCUAGAUAAUGUCAAAGAAAAGGCAGAUAAGGUAAGGUACUCUCUAGUCGGCCGUUUAACAAGUCGGCCACUAUGUGUUCUUCAAGUCGGCCGGUGGAAUUAUUUAUUCAUAUUAUAUAAUUUUGCAAUAAUAUUCCAGGAGUUUUAUAACAUCAUAAGGUCAAUAAUUGUAUAAUUAACACAAAUGACCGAGAAUACAAAUUAAAUUAGACACAAAACAUUAAAAAAAUUAUUAAAAGUCAGAGGAUUCAAAUUUACCUUAAGCAAUAUUGGUCAUUUUUCAGCAUAUUUUGAUGUUCUUUAUAAUAUUCACGACAUUUUUUCACAAAGAGUUAUUCAAUUUAUUACCUGUACAGAUUACUUUAGCAGUCAAAUUUUGAGUCAAACCGCAAGUUGAGAACUUUAACUAACUCACUGUGCAAUAAAUUUAUUUUCAUUAUUGAUAAAAAUAUUAAUUUUCUGUCUUAAAUGUGAAGGUGUGAAAUUUUAAAGCCAUGAUCCUCAAUUCGGCCGGCUAAAUAAAAGAAUAAAAAGAAUUUUUCUCUUACAAUUUUUUGUUUUCUUAAAAUUACUAUUAUUUAAAGGUUUUCUUUCUUUCUUUCUCAAUAUCCUUUUCUAGUCCGUAAAAACGUUACGGGCUUUUAAAAUUUGAAAAAUGGGUGGCCGACUAGAGGAACCCCAGGUGGCCGAGUAGAGAAACGCUUAUAUUGAAGUGGCCGAAUUGAGGAACACUCUACAUUUUUAAAACAUUUUAAUUUUUUAAUAAUCUAAAAUUAUUUUAUCUCCAAAUAAAGUGUACAAUCAGAUGGACAAAGAUCUAUACUACAACUUAGGGUGAAAAUUUGAUCAAAACAGGCAAAUUAAAUGUCCUUUUACAUAAGUUUUUCAUAAAACCCAUCCUUAAGUGGCCGACAUACAGCCCCUUACCUUAGGUGUAAAUAAUUAUUGUAAUUUUAGCAAUGAAUCUGGAAAGGUGUUGAAAAAGUGUUUCUAAAAAGAGGAAUAUACACUACUAGUCUCUACGAAGAGGGAAGUAAAUAUGUACACUGGAAAGAGGACACUGCAAAUUUUAAAUGUAUAAAUGAAAAAAAAAAUUGUGGGAAUUUUAGGUGAUAUCGCUUCAUAGGUUGUCUGUCAAUAUAAUUGAGGAAGUUUGGAAAAGUCCAAAAUCCCACCCAAUUGUGUCUAAAUAAUUUUUGAAAAUGUAAUUUUUCAAUCAAUUCAAGUUCAAUUCUGUAGAUAGUAUAUUUCCAAUGUUAUGUAAAUUAGUUAUGUUUGUUUUUAUUUUUGUAGUAGAUCACUUUUCAAUUCCACGAUGUGAAUGAUGAGAACAGGGAAGUGAGGUUCGUGUUAGGUGGAAUCUCACACAUGUACUAUGUAAUUGAUAAAGAUUUGUUAGAAUUUGUUCUUCUCCCAUUUAAUAAUUUUGUUUUUUGAAUUUAUAUUCUCAGAAAAGAUUUAAUAAAAAAUAUUUCAAACACA